AUGAAGCGUUCCUCUGCUGCCCUCAAACUAUCCCGCGACGUUUGGUUAGCCAUAGCCAUCAAAGUCACAUCAAACUCCAUUGAGGACCUGUGUAGGUUCCGUAUGACGUGUUGCACUACGCGCAAUGCAGGCGAAAAGGAUACUGUGCUCAGGAUGGUUCCCAUACAACCCCCGCAUGACAUCAAGUGGUGGUGGAGACACGACCCGAGAGGGCGAAGAUUUUUUCAGAGGUGCUUUGAGAUUGGUCACCCGGAGCUUCUAUUUCGAGAGGCACUGCGGGAGCUCUACAUACGACGUGACCAGGCCAUCGGAUGGGAAAUGCUGCAAAAUGCAGCAAGCAAUGGCUUAGACGCUGCCAAGUACGCACUUUCGAUGGAGUUGCUCAGUCGAAGGAAUGACAAAGAGGCAAAAAAAUGGUUUGGAACUAUUUUGCGCGCUCGAAGCGGGUGGUUUACUCCCCGUGUGUUACUCGAGUUUCUUUGCGGUUCUCACAAUUUUUUGGCCGGAUGA